CAAGUGGCUCAUGCUUAGCUCAGCUUAGUUCACAGCUGCUGCUGCCGCUGCUGCUGCUGCUUCUUGUUGACAUUCGCGCUUGGCCCUGACCAAGAAGUAGUCUGAGCAGAGCAGAGCUCGGUGCGGUACGGUUCGGUUCGGUUGCGGUGCGGUGCGGUGCGUCGCGCGUUUGCAAACACACAUGAUUGCUGUAGACAAUCGACUAAUGCAUUAUUAUUCGUUUCUAUUUGCUCAGUCGCAGUUCACAAGUCAAAGCCAGAGCCAAGCCAAGUUCAACAUGAUACGCAAAAGACAGUCGCAUCCAUGGCUAGCCCUGGCGCUGCUGCUCAUCUCGCUGCUGCUGCUCUGCAAUGAGACGGCUUCGAUAGCCAUAGCGCCCUCCACGUUUGGCACUGCCAUCGCCCGAGCUGGAAAGAUUUCCAAUACCUUAAAGGUAUUUUAUUUUACUCUGCCACAAUAUAGAAUUUCCACUCUGCAGCCAAUGCUAUAUUGGAUAUGUGAAGAGUUAAGCCAGGAGACGACGGCCUGGAAAACGCUGACCUCGCAUCCGAAUUCGCUGGUGCAGCUGCUGCCAUCGCGCGCCAUGCGUGUGGUGCAGGAGGUGGUGCGAUCUCUGCGGAAGGAACGUGAAAUCGUGGCCAGCACCACGUUGGGCAAGGUGCGCGGACGCUUUCAGAAGUACCGCUCGGGUGAGCGGGGGGGCUACUACAGCUUCAAGGGCAUGCGAUAUGGUGCGCCACCCAUAGGUGCCAGAAGAUUCCGCGCUGCGCUGCCCGAAAAGCCAUGGAGCGGCGUGCGAGAUGCCUCGCGGGAGGGCCAAAGCUGUCCGCACAAGAACAUGAUACUGGACACCUUCAAGGGCGACGAGGACUGUCUGUUUCUGAAUGUGUUCACCACGCGCAUGCCCAAGGAGGAUGACGCACAGCCUAAGCUGCCCGUGAUGGUGUGGCUGCAUGGCGGCGGCUUUUCCUUUGGCUCCGGCAACUCCUUCCUCUACGGGCCCGACUAUCUGGUUGCUGAGGACAUUGUGCUAGUUACGCUGAACUAUAGGCUGGGGCCUUUGGGCUUUCUAACGGCUGGACCCGAUGCGCCGGGCAAUCAGGGCCUCAAGGAUCAGGUGCUGGCCCUGCAGUGGGUGCGCGACAACAUAGCCGCCUUUGGCGGUGAUCCGCAGCAGGUGACCAUCUUUGGGGAGUCGGCGGGCGCCUCCUCGGUGCAGCUGCUACUCCUGUCGCCACUGGCCAAGGGUCUGUUCCAUCGGGCCAUCUCGCAGAGCGGCUCCGCACUGAACCCUUGGUCCAUGGCCGCCAGCUCGGGUCAGAGAGCGGCUCGACUGGCAGCCAACCUGGGCUAUGUGGGUGCCAACAAUACGGAAGAGAUCUUGGACUUCUUGCGCCGAGUGCCCGCCAUGAAGCUGGUCGAGGCGGCGCCCACAACGCUCACAGCGGACGAUCAGCGCAACAACAUUGGCCUGCCCUUCGUGCCCGUCGUGGAGGGCUACUGGAACAAGGACUCGCAGGAGGAGACUUACCUGGAGCAGCCCUUCCUCACCGAGCAUCCCAGCGAUAUGUACGACGCCCACAACUUCAACAGCGAGGUGCCCUACAUGACGGGCUACAACACGCACGAGGCGAUGCUGUUCAUCAGAAGACUGCGCAAGAAUCCGCAGCUAUUGAAUAUUAUCGAGAACGACUUUGGCCGGCUCGUGCCGCACGAUCUGAAUGUGAGCCUUGCCCAUGACAGAGUCACACGCGAAAUACGCUCCUUCUAUCUGGGCAACAAGCACGUUGGCCUCGAGUCUGUGGAUGAAAUGAUAGCACUGCUGACUGAUCUGAUGUUCCUGCAAGGCAUUCGCCGCACCGCCAGGAACCAUGCCAAGUACGGCAAUGCGCCAGUCUACUUGUAUCGCUUCUCCUUCGACGGCGCCCUGGGCUUGUACAAGCGCAUGCUGGGCAUACCGCGGCCAGGUGUGUGCCACGGCGACGAGAUGGGCUACCUGUUCAAGUUUGGCUUCCUGAAUCUGAGUCUAGAUCCAAAGUCCAUGGAAGUGCAGGUCAAGAACCGCAUGGUGCGCAUGUGGGCAAACUUUGCCAAAUACGGCACGCCCACGCCCAACUUUGAGGAUCCCCUGCUGACUGCCAAGUGGGCUCCCAUCGAUUCCACAAAUGUUAUGAACAGUCUCAACUAUUUGGACAUCUCGCACGAGCUGAACAUGAAGACGAAUCCCGAGCCGGAACGACAGAGAUUUUGGGAUGAAAUGUACCAGCAUUACAAUGGUGCGGCUAUGUAGAGCUCUUGGCCAGGGCCACAUAUAUAUUAACGCAUCAACCAUGCACAUUGCUCACCCAGCCACACCAACAUACACCCACAUACACACACUCACAUUUUGUAAAAAUUUUGCCAUUUUGUGAAAGAGUGAGCAGAACAAAAUAUUUAAUGCAGAUUCCAUUGUAAAAUUAUCGUAGAUCGUAGUCAGUAGCUCGUAGUUAAAUAUUUUUUAUUAGUGAAUAGCUUGUACAUAAGUGUCGCAGCAUUUAUACACAAUUAUACAAACAUAAAAUGUCACUUUCCCACUUCAGUGCCCACACACACACACACGCCAAUACGUAGCWUAAGCAACUUACUUAUAGCAUACCCAAAGCCGUACAACAUUUCCUUACUUCAUAUCAGGUGUAAAUAGUCAAAGCUAAAAGUUAUUCGAUAUUCAAUCAAUUAUAACCUAAGCACAUCACAGUCCAUAAUUCUGUUUGUCUGAACGCGGAGUCAAUCCGAGUUAUGUCUU